AUGGCCGCCACUAUUUACGCCCCGGCUUCGGCCCGCCUUGUUGGCUCUGACGAUGAGGGCCUUAUGGCUCUCGAGCUUCCUGACGGCUCCGUCUAUCAGGGUUAUAGCUUUGGUGCUCAAAAGAGCAUCGCCGGAGAGCUUGUAUUCCAGACCGGAAUGGUGGGGUAUCCGGAGUCGGUGACAGACCCCUCUUACCGCGGCCAGAUUCUGGUCAUUACCUUUCCUCUGGUUGGCAACUACGGUGUUCCCUCUCGGGAAACCAUUGACGAGCUCCUGGGCGACCUGCCCGAGCACUUCGAGUCCUCCCAGAUUCACAUCGCCGGUCUUGUCGCCGCCUCCUACGCUGGCGAGGACUACUCCCACUUUUUGGCCCAGUCUUCCCUUGGCACAUGGCUCAAGGAGCAGGGCGUCCCUGCCAUCUACGGCGUCGAUACCAGAGCCCUUACCAAGCGCCUGAGGAGCGAGGGCAGCACGCUGGGUCGGUUGCUGCUGCAAAAGCAGACCAUGACCAACGGCACUGUCAAUGGCUACGUCAACGGUUCUGCUUCCUUCUCCAUCGAUGACUUCCAGACAGUUGACUGGGUCAACCCCAAUGAGAAGAACCUCGUAGCUGAGGUGUCCAUUAAGGCUCCCAAGCUGUACAAGCCUCCCGCCAGCAUUCCCGUAAAGACGCACCCGUCCGGCAGGCCCAUCCGUGUGCUUUGCCUGGAUGUCGGUAUGAAGUACAACCAGUUGAGAUGCUUCUUGAAGCGUGGCGUCGAGGUCCUCGUCUGCCCCUGGGACCAUGAUCUGGUAAAACAGGCCGGUGAGGAGUACGAUGGUCUCUUCCUCUCUAACGGUCCUGGUGACCCGGCUAUGCUCGACAUUACCGUCAAGAACAUUCAGGCUGCCAUGGAGAAGACCAAGACUCCUGUCUUCGGUAUCUGCUUGGGUCACCAGCUGCUCGCCCGUGCCUCCGGAGCGAAGACUGCCAAGAUGAAGUUUGGUAACAGAGGCCACAACAUUCCUUGCACCAGCAUGAUCACCGGAAAGUGCCACAUUACCUCCCAGAACCACGGUUUCGCCGUUGACUCCAACUCUUUGACUGCCGACUGGAGGGAGCUCUUUGUCAACGCCAACGAUGGGAGCAACGAGGGUAUUGCCCACCUUUCCAAGCCCUACUUCAGUGUCCAGUUCCAUCCCGAGAGCACUCCCGGUCCUCGCGACACCGAGUACCUCUUCGACGUCUUUAUCAGCACUAUUCAGAACUGUGCUGCCGACCCUAAGCUGUUGAGUGCUCCCGUCAGCUUCCCUGGUGGCACCAUUGAGGAGAACGAGCGUCUGCACCCUCGUGUCCACCCUCGCAAGGUCCUUGUCCUCGGCAGUGGUGGUCUCAGUAUCGGACAGGCUGGAGAGUUCGACUACUCUGGCUCCCAGGCCAUCAAGGCCCUCAAGGAGGAAGGCAUUUACACUGUUCUCAUUAACCCCAACAUUGCCACGAUCCAGACAUCCAAGGGUCUGGCUGACAAGGUGUACUUCUUGCCUGUCAAUGCCGACUUCGUGCGCAAGGUCAUUCAGUAUGAGAGACCCGAUGCCAUCUACGUUACCUUCGGUGGCCAGACCGCUCUUCAGGUUGGUAUUCAGCUGAAGGAUGAGUUCGAAGAGCUCGGCGUCAAGGUCCUUGGUACGCCCAUUGAUACUAUCAUCACCACCGAGGACCGUGAGCUGUUUGCCCGCAGCAUGGACUCCAUUGGCGAGAAGUGUGCUAAGUCCGCUUCUGCCAGCACUGUCGAAGAGGCAAUGAUUGCUGUCAAGGACAUUGGCUUCCCCGUUAUUGUCAGAGCCGCCUAUGCUUUGGGUGGUCUUGGCAGUGGUUUCGCCAACAACGAGGCUGAGCUUCUCGACCUCUGCAACAAGGCUUUUGCUGCCAGUCCUCAAGUUCUUAUUGAGCGCAGUAUGAAGGGCUGGAAGGAAAUUGAGUACGAAGUUGUCCGUGACGCUCAGGACAACUGCAUCACGGUGUGCAACAUGGAGAACUUUGACCCUCUGGGUAUUCACACUGGUGACUCUAUUGUCGUCGCUCCUUCUCAGACAUUGUCUGACGAGGACUACAACAUGCUGCGUACCACCGCUGUCAACGUCAUUCGUCACCUGGGCGUUGUCGGAGAGUGCAACAUCCAGUACGCUUUGAACCCCUUCUCAAAGGAGUACUGCAUUAUCGAAGUCAACGCCAGAUUGUCCAGAUCCUCCGCGCUGGCGUCCAAGGCCACUGGUUACCCCUUGGCCUUCAUCGCUGCUAAGCUUGGUCUCGGCAUUCCCCUCAAGGAUAUUUCCAACAGUGUCACCAAGUCGACUUGUGCAUGCUUCGAGCCAUCCCUUGAUUACGUCGUUGUCAAGAUGCCCCGCUGGGACUUGAAGAAGUUCACUCGUGUCUCUACCCAGCUUGGCUCUUCCAUGAAGAGUGUUGGCGAGGUUAUGAGUAUCGGCAGAAACUUUGAGGAAGCUAUUCAGAAGGCUAUCCGUGCCAUUGAUUUCCACAACCUGGGCUUCGGUGAGACCAAGGCCUUGAUGUCGAUCGAUGACGAGCUGCAGACUCCUUCCGACCAGCGUCUGUUCGCUAUCGCUAAUGCCAUGCACACCGGCUACUCCGUUGACAAGAUCUGGGAGCUCACCAAGAUCGAUAAGUGGUUCCUUCACAAGCUCAAGGGCUUGAGCGACUUCUCUAAGAAGAUGACCAACUACACCACCAGCGACAUUUCCAAGUGCCCUGACAUUCUUCUCCAGGCCAAGAGACUUGGUUUCUCUGAUCGUCAGCUUGCCAAAUUCUGGAGCUCCAACGAGAUCGCUGUGCGAACUUUGAGACAAGAGGCAAACAUCAUGCCCUUCGUCAAGCAGAUUGAUACCGUUGCUGCUGAGUUCCCUGCCUUCACCAAUUACUUGUAUCUCACCUACAACGCCUCCGAGAGCGACGUUUCCUUUGAUGACCAUGGAAUCAUGGUUCUCGGCUCUGGUGUCUACCGUAUCGGUUCCUCUGUUGAGUUCGAUUGGUGCUCCGUUCGCGCCAUUCGCACCCUGCGCCAAGACGGCUUUAAGACAAUCAUGGUUAACUACAACCCUGAGACUGUCAGUACCGAUUACGACGAAGCUGACAAGCUUUACUUCGAGAAUAUCAGCUUGGAAACCAUUCUCGACAUUUACCAGCUGGAAGCUGCCGGUGGUAUUCUUGGCGCCAUGGGUGGUCAGACUCCCAACAACAUUGCCUUGCCGCUGCACCGUGCUGGUGUCAAGGUCCUCGGUACCUCUCCUGAGAUGAUUGACAACGCUGAAAACCGCUACAAGUUCUCUCGUAUGCUUGACACCAUUGGUGUUGACCAGCCUACUUGGAAGGAGCUUACCAGCUUCGAGGAGGCGAAGAAGUUCUGCCAGGCUGUCUCCUACCCCGUCUUGGUGCGACCCUCUUACGUCCUGUCGGGUGCAGCCAUGAACACUGUCUACUCCGAGCAGGACCUCGAGAACUAUCUCGCUCAGGCUGCUGAGGUCUCGCGUGAGCACCCUGUUGUCAUUACCAAAUACAUUGAGAACGCCAAGGAGAUUGAGAUGGAUGCUGUCGCCAAGGAUGGUGUUGUUAUUGGCCACUUCAUUUCUGAGCACGUUGAGAAUGCUGGUGUUCACUCUGGUGACGCUACUCUCAUCCUCCCUCCCCAGGAUCUGGAGCAAGAAACCAUUGCCAGAAUCGAGGAGGCCACUCGCAAGAUCGGUGCUGCUCUGAACGUUACUGGACCUUUCAACAUUCAAUUCAUCGCCAAGGACAAUGACAUCAAGGUCAUCGAGUGUAACGUCCGUGCCUCUCGUUCGUUCCCCUUCGUCUCGAAGGUCAUGGGUGUCGACCUGAUCGAGAUGGCCACCAAGGCUAUCAUGGGCAGGCCGUUCGUUGAGUACCCUCCCACACAGAUUGCUCCGGACUGCGUUGCUUGCAAGGUCCCUCAGUUCAGUUUCUCCCGUCUCUCGGGUGCUGACCCUGUGCUGGGUGUUGAGAUGGCUUCCACUGGUGAAGUUGCUUGUUUUGGUGUUGACAAGUACGAGGCCUAUCUCAAGGCUCUGAUGUCCACUGGAUUCAAGAUUCCCAAGGCCAACAUUCUUCUGUCCAUGGGAUCUUACAAGGACAAGAAGGAGAUGCUUCCCUCUGUCGAGAAACUUGCUCGCCUUGGCUACAAGCUCUUCGCCACUGCCGGUACUGCUGACUUCCUUCAGGAGCACAACAUUCCUGUGCAGUACCUGGAAGUCCUGGCCAACGAGCAGGAGGACCAGCGCUCCGAGUUCUCGCUCACGCAGCACUUGGCCAAGAACAUGAUUGAUCUCUACAUCAACCUGCCUUCCAACAACAAGUACCGUCGUCCUGCCAACUACAUGAGCAAGGGUUACCAGACCAGACGUAUGGCCGUUGACUACCAGAUCCCUCUUGUUACCAAUGUCAAGAACGCCAAGAUUCUCGUUGAGGCCAUUGCUCGUCACUUUGAGUUGUCUGUCGCCAGCCGUGACUUCCAGACCAGCCACCGCACCAUUACCUUGCCUGGCUUGAUCAACGUUGCCGCGUUUGUGCCCGGCAUUGCUACCCAGGGAAGCAAGGACCUUCAGGCUGUUACAAAGGCCUCACUCUCUGCCGGCUUCAGCAUGAUUCGCAUUAUGCCUGUUGGUGUCAAGGGCUCCAUCACUGACGCGCUUACCCUGAAGGUCGCUCAGCAGAGCAGCAAGAACGGUGGCUACUGUGACUUCAACUUCUCCGUCUCUGCCACCUCUGACAACGCUGACCAGAUCAGCCACGUCACCGGCGAGGUUGGAUCUCUCUUCAUCCCCUUCAACCACCUUUCUGGCAAUAUCAGCAAGGUUGCUGCCGUGACCGCCCACUUUGACAAGUGGCCCACGCACAAGCCGAUUGUGACUGAUGCCAAGCUGACAGACCUGGCCUCUAUUCUGCUCUUGGCAAGCCUGCACAACCGCAGAAUCCACGUCACAUCUGUCUCCACCAAGGACGACAUCAAGCUCAUCGCUCUUAGCAAGGCGAAGGGAUUGAAGGUGACUUGCGAUGUCUCCAUCUUCUCCCUGUACCUGUCUCAGAACGACUUCCCCGACUGUUCUCUCCUACCCACGGAGGCUGAUCAGAAUGCCCUGUGGGCGCACUUGAGCACGAUCGACGUCUUCUCUAUUGGCAGCCUGCCUUAUCAGCUUGCCGGAUCCCUGGGCAAGAACGCUGAUCCUGCCGUUGGCAUUGCGGAUGCUCUGCCUCUUCUCCUGACGUCUGUCACAGAGGGCAAGCUCACCGUUGACGACAUCAAGACCCGUCUCUAUGACAACCCCAAGGAGAUCUUUGAGCUUCACGAGCAGGUUGGCACAAGCGUUGAGGUCGAGAUUGACCGCCCCUACACUGUUCAAUCGAACAAUGGCUGGACUCCUUUUGCCGGCCGCACAAUGCGUGGUUCCGUGCAGCGGGUGACCUUCCAGGACAAGACUGUCUGCUUGGACGGAGAGCUGCUGCCUCUGCCGGCUAUCGGUAAGGACAUGUCAACUCACGGCGCGCUGCCGAUGUCGCCUGUUAUCAAGCCUCAGCUCCAGUCCAUGACCCACCCCGAGAGCCCUCGUGACCGCCGUCCGUCCAUGUUCAACUCCACUAGGCCGUCCAAGCUUCGCUCUGCGGAUGGUGUCCUGCCUACGAAGAGUGUCGGCACCUUUGACGAGCUCAGCCUGCCCCCGCUGCACCCUGCCAUUGGUUCCAAGCUUCACGACCUCUUGUCUCAGCCUUCCUCUUGGAAGCAGCACAGCGUUCUGUCGGUGACCCAGUACACUCGUGCUGAUCUCCAUCACCUCUUCACGGUGGCUCAGCAGAUGCGCCUGGGUGUCCAGCGUGAGGGUGUCUUGAACAUCCUCCGUGGCCGUGUCCUCUGCACCCUGUUUUACGAGCCGUCCACUCGCACCUCGGCCUCAUUCGAUGCCGCUAUGCAGCGACUUGGUGGCCGCACCGUGGCUAUUUCCACCUCUCACUCUUCUGUUCAGAAGGGAGAGACGCUCCAGGACACUCUUCGCACCCUUGGCUGCUAUGGUGACGCCGUCGUCCUCCGUCACCCUGAGGAGUCCAGCGUCGAUGUUGCCCGUAGAUACGCUCCCGUUCCUGUCAUCAACGGUGGUAACGGCAGUAAGGAGCAUCCCACCCAGGCCUUCUUGGAUCUCUUCACCAUCCGUGAGGAGCUCGGUACUGUCCAAGGCCUGACCAUCACCUUCUUGGGUGAUCUUCUCUAUGGCCGCCCUGUCCACUCCCUGAUCUACCUUCUUCGCGACUAUGGCGUGCAGGUUCAGCUCGUGUCGCCCAAGGGACUUGCCUUACCUGCCGAGGUUCGCGAGUUCCUGGUUUCCUCCGGGCAGCUCCUUUGCGAAUCCGAGGAGCUCACACCUGAGAUUCUGGCCCGCAGCGACGUGCUCUACUGCACUCGUGUCCAGAAGGAGCGUUUCCCGACCGUUGAGGAGUACGAGAAGGUCAAGAACUCGUACCGGAUUGACAACCGCACCCUCAAGUCAGCCAAGAAGGACAUGUGCAUUCUGCACCCUCUGCCCAGGAACGAGGAGAUUGCGCCGGAGGUGGACACCGACCAGCGCGCGGCUUACUUCAGACAGAUGAGAUAUGGUCUGUACUGCCGCAUGGCGUUGCUUGCGUUGGUUAUGGCACCAUGA